CGCCACGCUUAAGCAGGCAAGCUAAGCUAGAGACGGCGGAGAAGACCAACGAUGGCUACCCCGCUGUGGGACGUCCUGGCCAAGGCCGCGAACCUGGCGCAGAUGUCUGGCCUGCACGCCGUCAUGCUGGUCGCCGUGGGCGCCGCCCUCCUCCGCAUCCCGCAGAGCAAGCGGGAGUGUGCCGAGCUCGAGCGCUGCGCCCGCAGGCUACAGGCGCUCCGGCAGUGGCCGGCGACAGGCUGCGGGGUCGCGCUGCCGUGCUCAGGCCCCCUCAGUGAGGCGCUCGGCGACGCGGCCGGCCUCGUCAACUCCUACAAGAAGAGCACGCUCUGGUACCGCGUCCGGAGGGGCAGGAGCAUGGCGCGCCAGCUCCGCGACAUGCAGGACGUCCUCAACUCCUACUACGGCCUCGUGCUUUUCCUCAACGCCCAUCUCCUCAUACUCCAGGCAACAGCUCAUCCAACUCUAGAUACUACUAUGAUCCAUGACCAAGAGGUCACUGACCAAUCACAAAGUCCAGGUGUACAAGCAUUGAGCAACUGCCCCACAGAUGGAGGAGCUCGUGACACUCAAACAGCCGAUGAUAAAUGCAACACUGACCCAGCCGGAUCUGAAGGAAUCGUGCCGGCUAUAGCGAUUUUACAUGCAUAGCUGUACAAGGAGGAGAUCAAUAGUUCCCACUAUAUAUGUAGAUUGGUAGACAUUUACCUUCCGAAAUAAUCCAUGUUUAAGGGUCGAUCUUUCGUAAAUCAAACUUCUCUAAGUUUGGCCAGCUAG